AUGCCGCACGAAUUGCUCCUGUUCGCCCAGCUGCCCAAUUCCCGCCUCGAGCAGCUGCUCAACAUCGUCGCCGGAAUCGCCGGCGCCCAGCCGCAGCGCGUCAUUGAGCGCCAUGUGGUAUACCGACCCCAGCGCGACCCGGUGCAGCGCCAGUACGCCGUUGGCGCCAGCCAGAAUGUGCAGACCACCCAGCGCGCAACCUCGCGCGAGCAGCUGUCCAAGGACAUGUUCUACUGGCAGACGGUGAAGGAGCUGGACGAGGCCGAGUUUGGCUCUGCGCACGCAGACAGUGCCCCAAAGGAGAAGGCGAAUCCCGACGCCGAACGCAAGGGCUGGGCUAUUCAGUUUCAGGACAUCCCAGAGGCUGGCCAGAGACCCGUUACCACGCGAUGGGUUCAGACAACAGACCUCGUCGCUGGCAAUCCCCACACACACAUGAAAGCAACCAUGUACAACUACGUGUCUGAGUACAUUGACGAAGGCUACCAGUUCGUUCACAAGAACGCGACCAUCCUCCUGCACCGUAUCCUCUGUUUUCCCAGUCCUGAGGCAGCGCGCGACUCCCCUCUCGAAAGCCUCCCUCCGUUCAAAGACCUUCAGCCGCUCGACAAGAGCAGCGCAUAUGUUGUGCAGGUGUCGAUCAAGAUCCAGGACAACUAUAAGCCAGAGACGCGAGAGAAGGCCCAGGCGGAGCUCCUUGCGCUGAAAGGAACGUUGAAGGGCGUCAUCGAUCUGGAGCCGGCGGAAAGGCUCGCUCUGGAUACUCGCGUCAAGCCUAGACCGGGUUGA